CAUUCCGUUAUCUGUGCGGAGUAGGUAGGUUGGUAGUCUGCUCAAAGCUCUUAUUCUAUUUUGCGGAAAUCUUGUUGAAUAAAUAAAUAAAGGAUAAUGAACUACAAUAGAUCACCUCAAACGAUGAGAACUCCAGGAAUGGAAGUCGUUGUGAAGUAUAUUCAAACAGACGAUGUUGAACUGACUAUGGUUAGUCUAGAAAGACUACCCAAAGAUGCAGUUUCUGCAAUGAGUAUAAAGUUUGCUGGAAAACAAUCAUAUAGCGGUAUUGUAAUAGUAAAGGAUAAGACGAUACCGGAUGAUCGUCGACCAGAUACGAUCAGACGCUUUACUACCUUCAUGCAACAGAAAAAUCAGAGUGGAGACUCUCACCGGGAAGCGAGAAGCAUACGAUUCUGGUUCGCUAAUAACAAUUAUAACGCUAUCGAAAAGGAAGAUAUUGCCGAUAAUUUAUUUGAUGACCUCUUAGUACCGGAGAAUUUUCCAAAAGAUUAUCUGAGAUAUAUUCUCUUUAUGGCCAAACUCCUCCAAAAAUAUAUCGAACUAGAUAAGAUGGAAUUAGAAUGGCGAAAAGCAAAAGAUCACGAAGUGGAUGAAGCCGCCUAUGAAAUGUCAGCCCCUCGUCUCGAUUCAUCAAUGAACAUAGGUGCCGGAACUAGUCAAACGUCGCAAAGCGGUCAAAUUUUACAUAAACCACCGGAUCAAUUACAGGACAGACAUCAAUCAGAUUUACUUCAUGUGACUUUAAACCAGUCGUCGUUUGACGAGGAUGGCUCAUCUGAAUUUUCGACUAUGAAGAUUGGACCGAAAAUGAUACUUGAUAAAAAAGUGUUCGUCUCGAAAAAAGGUUUUGAAAUCUUGGGCCUAAUCAGACAGUAUCAAGUUGUCAAGGUCUUAGAAGAUGCUUUUCCUAACAGCGUAUCUGUUGAGCAUGUGGCCAAAUGCUGCGCACCAGUGUCAUCUGAUGCAGACAAAUACGAUAGAAAUCUAUGUAAAUGGAGAAUUAGAGCCAAAGUAACAAUGGACGUUCUGAGUAGAAAGGGAAUUAUUAAGGAAAUAGGGGUGAAAACGGGAAAGUAUAUCAGAGCAGUAGAACAGGCAUCCGCUCCAGCUUCCUCUGCUGCAGCAGCUGUUGCAGAGGCCGAAGCUCUAGCCGCUGCCGAUGCUAAUAGUGCUAAUGAACGAGGUAAUAGAAACAAAGGUUCCCUAAACAGACAGCCGUCAUUCAAAGCAAGAGCCUUGCAGAUAGAUGAAUUUGCCGGAGAAACACAUCACGUUAACAACAUACCUAUCCUUCCGACCGAUGAACAACCUACCGUUGCAGUUGUUACUCUGCUUUUCGAAGAGAAAAUGGCAAUUGAUGCUUUGCUUUCUAAUAGAAAAACUUAUGUUAGAGCCAAGGUGACUGGGGAAGGUCAAGUUUACACUAUUGGAAAAGUUGGCCGUCUUCGAGUUGUAACAACGAAAUUGUCAAGAGUAUCUGGAAGAGGAGCUAUUGUAGCCGCUGGUAAUACUAUAACACGAUUACUUGGUACAUUUUCGAAAUUACAACACACUUUAAUUAUUGGAGUGGGUGGUGGCGUACCAGUUCAUGAUGGCAGUAAUUUUCCCAGAGAGGGUGAUGUUGUAGUAUCUAGGCGAUCUUUUGACGAUGGUCCACUUUAUACCCAUGUCUCCACUAUUGAUAGAACAGAAGAUGGUGAAAUUGCUUAUAGUCAACGAACAUGGAAAGCUUCUGAUCCAAUUUUAGAAGAUAAAAUUAAAAAUUUGGAUGAAGGAUUAUUCAGUUUAUACGUAGAGGAUGUAUUAAAUUUUUUUGAGAGCCGUCGUGAAACGAGAUUCUAUAAGCCCGUUAGUGCACCACCACCCCAAGUAUUUCAUGGUCUCGUAGGUGCCAGUAAAUUUUUAUUACACGAUCAACAAUAUUUGAUGGAUUACGCAUCGAAAUUCCAACUCAAAGCGAUGGACGCCGGCUUUGGAGCAGUGUUUGAAUCAUUGGAGGGUUCUCGUCACGAAUCUUUUCUAAUUAUCCGCGGUAUCUCUGACCUAGUAAACGGAAAUAAGCGAAACGAAUGGCAGCAAUAUGCAGCUGUAUUAGCUGCAUGUUAUGCUAGACUAUUAUUGGAAGAACUCCAGCCAACACAACCUUCUCCCGUGAAAAAAGUCCCUAAGAAGUUAUUUGAAUUCGAUACUAGACAAAACCCGUCGUCCCCCACCUAUGUAUAA